UGACUGAAACGUCACAGCGCUGCCAUAGUUAGUUUGCCACUGCCUCUUUGUUCGCGCAUCCCUUCUCUCUCUCGCAGUUUCAGUGCCAGGCGUCAAGCUAUUGGACUAAUAGACCAUCAGUCUUCCCAUCACGACAGCACCCCCUCUCCACCCUCCACGCGCACAAUCUUUUCUCACGCGCCGCCACAAACGCUCGCAGCUCUAGCGAAGGAGCAGCGGUGAGAUGUUGGUUCCGCCGCAACCCGCCGGCUCUUCCUUCCUUUCGGGCUACUCCUCGGAGCGGAGCGCAGGGAGGGAAGCCUCUGCUAUGCGCUCAGCCGAGGAGCUGAAAUAAAAGAAGGGGGAAUUCGGUCGGGGCUGGAUAUCUGUUUAUUUUACCCCUUGCGAGGAUGACAGAGUGCUGACAAAGAAAACCGGGGGAGCCCUGCUGGCUUCGGUUUACACCCGCGAACUUAAAAGGCACGCGCUUAUAGCUCAGCCAAAGAUUUUUCUUCAUAAACAUUUAUUUUUGGGGGAGGGGGAAAGGGAACCAUGCCUGUUCGGAGAGGUCAUGUCGCGCCACAAAACACAUUUCUAGGAGUGAUUAUUCGGAAAUUCGAAGGACAAAAUAAGAAAUUCAUCAUCGCCAAUGCCCGCGUGCAGAACUGCGCCAUCAUCUACUGCAACGACGGCUUCUGCGAGAUGACGGGCUUCUCCCGGCCGGAUGUCAUGCAGCGGCCGUGCACGUGCGACUUCCUGCACGGCCAGUUCACCAGCCGGCACGCCGUGGCCCAGGUGGCCCAGGCUCUCCUGGGCUCCGAGGAGCGCAAGGUGGAGAUCACCUACCACCGCAAGGACGGUUCCAAGUUCCCCUGCACCACCCACAUCAUCCCGGUAAAGAACGAGGAGGGCGUGGUCAUGAUGUUCAUCCUGAACUUCGAUUACAUCCUGGACGACAUCAGCUGCGACUCGCUGGAGAGACUUAACCACACGUCUCCCUCCAAAGCUGACCAGCGUAGAGGGAGGUUCUUCCGCUUCCGUUUCCCAGCCUUACCGCUCCUGGGCAUCAGCAAGCAGUCCCUUCCCCAAGAGGACCCAGACGCGGUCAUGGUGGACUCUCCUCGACGCAGCGAUGGCUCGGUGGUGACACGCGACUACCAACUCCCCACCACUCGCGAGAGCUGCAGUCCAUCCUAUGCCAACGACACCCGCGCUCUCAUCGGCCCCAGCCAUUGUUCAACCCCGGUAUCGGGCCCCUUAGACCACUCAUCCCCCAAGAGCCCCUGGGAUCGGACAUACCAGGGCCAGGCUGUUGCCCAGACCCAACACCAGAGCCAAGAGGACACACUUACUGCAGCGCCGUCAAUCCCAGGCCUCACUCCGACUGCCUCUAGAGAGACCGUGUGCAGUAUUCGCAGAGCUUCUUCUGUACAUGACAUUGAAGGCUUCGGUUCCAAGUACAAAACUACAUUCAGGGACAGGCAUGCCAGUGAAGACAAUGGUCGCAAUAUCAAAGUAUCGCGCUCCUGGAUGGCUGGGGGGCCACUCAGCCACAUCAAGUCCAGCCUGCUGGGCUCCACCUCUGACUCCAACCUCAACAGGUACAGCACCAUUAACAAGAUCCCCCUCAUCACCCUCAACUUCUCUGAAGCCAACAAUGAAAAGAAGUGUCCCUCACCUCCUUCUUCUGAGAAGACCAUCAUUGCCCCAAAAGUCAAAGACCGCACGCAUAAUGUCACAGACAAAGUUACACAGGUUCUGUCUCUGGGUGCAGAUGUGCUGCCUGAGUAUAAGCUCCAGACUCCACGCAUAGACAAAUGGACCAUCCUCCAUUACAGCCCCUUCAAAGCAGUGUGGGACUGGCUCAUCCUGCUGCUGGUCAUCUACACCGCCAUUUUCACGCCCUACUCUGCUGCCUUUCUCCUCAAUGACCUGGAGGAGCGGAAACGACGGGUGUGCGGCUACUCCUGUUCUCCGCUGAACGUGGUCGAUCUGAUGGUGGACAUUAUGUUCAUCGUGGACAUUCUAAUAAACUUCAGAACCACUUAUGUCAACUCCAACGAGGAAGUGGUGAGCCAUCCGGCCAAGAUCGCCAUCCAUUACUUUAAAGGCUGGUUCCUCAUAGACAUGGUGGCGGCCAUCCCAUUCGACCUUCUCAUCUUUGGCUCAGGAUCGGAUGAGACCACCACUCUGAUCGGCCUGCUAAAGACGGCCCGUUUGCUACGCCUGGUGCGAGUUGCUCGUAAGCUGGACCGCUACUCAGAGUACGGUGCCGCUGUUCUCAUGCUGCUCAUGUGUAUAUUUGCCCUAAUCGCCCACUGGUUGGCCUGCAUCUGGUAUGCAAUCGGCAACGUGGAAAAGCCUUACCUGGAGCAUAAGAUCGGCUGGCUGGACAAUCUCGGCGUGUCAAUAGGAAAGAAAUAUAACUACAGUGACCCCAGCUCAGGCCCUUCCAUCAAAGAUAAGUACGUCACAGCUCUUUACUUCACCUUCAGUAGUCUGACCAGUGUGGGCUUUGGGAACGUCUCCCCCAAUACCAACUCUGAGAAGAUCUUCUCCAUCUGUGUCAUGCUCAUUGGAUCUCUAAUGUACGCCAGCAUCUUUGGGAAUGUGUCUGCCAUCAUCCAGAGGUUGUACUCUGGCACGGCCCGGUAUCACCUCCAAAUGCUACGAGUCAAAGAAUUCAUCCGCUUCCAUCAGAUCCCCAACCCGCUCAGACAGAGGCUGGAGGAGUAUUUCCAACACGCGUGGACAUACACCAAUGGCAUCGACAUGAAUAUGGUGCUGAAGGGCUUCCCAGAGUGCCUGCAGGCGGAUAUUUGCCUCCACCUGAACAAGAGCCUCCUCCAGGGGUGCAAGGCGUUCCACGGGGCCACCAAGGGCUGCCUCCGCGCCCUGGCCAUGAGGUUUAAGACCACCCACGCGCCUCCCGGAGACACGCUGGUCCACAGCGGAGACGUGCUGACGGCGCUCUACUUUGUGUCGCGCGGCUCCAUCGAGAUCCUGAAAGACGACAUUGUGGUGGCCAUUCUAGGUAAAAACGACAUCUUCGGCGAGAUGAUCCACCUGUUCGCCAAGCCGGGGAAGUCGUGCGCGGACGUCCGCGCGCUCAGCUACUGCGACCUGCACACGAUCCAGAGGGAGGAGAUCCUGGAGGUGCUCGACAUGUACCCGGAGUUCGCCGACCACUUCUUCACCAACCUGGAGCUGACCUUUGAUCUUCGGGGUGAAAACGCAAAGACGACCUGCCCCAGUGACUCUGACAUGGCUGAGGUGAAGAGCUGCAGACGGGUUUCAUACAAGAGAAAAUCCUCCGCAGGCUCGCACAACAAGGAGCCGGCGGCCCCGCACUGCGACGCCAAGAAGGGCCGCGGCGUCUACGCCUCUUCACCGGCCGAGGACGGGAGAGAGUCUGCCGAGGAGGGGGAGGAAGACGAGGAUGAGGAAGAGGAGGAAGGCAGGGAAGAGGAGGAGGAGCAGAGGCCCUUGUGUUCUGGUGUGCUUGGUUACCCGGUUGUUAGGGACCACACCUUGGGUCUUGGGCUGAGCGGGGCUCCUGAGGCACAGGCUGAAGGAAGCGCACAGAACCAGGAAUAUAAAGAGCUAGAGGCAGAGGACUGGGUGCAGCCUCAUCCCGGCGCGGCGGCUGAGGAGUCGGCACAAAAUCGAGACACAGCCGAGGAGGACGACAGCGACACGGACCUCACCUACGGAGAGGUGGAGCAACGGCUGGACCUGCUGCAGCAGCACCUGAACAGACUGGAGUCCCAGAUGACUGCAGACAUCCAGGCCAUCCUGCAGCUCCUCCAAAGGCAGACCGCUGCCGGCCCCCCCGCCUACAGCACCGUCACCUCCAGCCCAGAGUACCACAGCCCACCCGUCAGUGUCCAGCCGGCACCAGCCAACCAGACGCACCUCAGCCUGGACCCGGCUCCGCCUCUUCCUCAGGGCCCUGACUCGGAGAGCUCUGCUAUGAAAUCCAAAGACCCCUCUCCAGUUGUCCACAAGCAGACUUUUCCAGCAGGGCUGCUGGACAGCGCCCCCUAUCCAGAGCAGAGACACACAAUUAGCGGCGACAGCAGUCCGGCCACGCCGGUGCGGCAGGCUUCCCUCCCCGAUGUCAACGGCAGCUCAGGAACGUUGGGGCUCCACAGACCCGUGUCCGACCCGGGCCUUCCAGGACAGUAGCCCCACCCACAACGCUUCAAGACUAAAGGUCUUCUUAAGCUUGACUCAGGGUCUAAGAAAGAGACUGAAUUAUGCAAAGGAUUAAAAACUGUAGAUUUUCUUCCAUUCCUUUUGAGAACAUCUCUGAAGCCCAGCCCUCCCCAGCUCUGAUCUAGAUGUACAAAAUCCAUUUAUACUGAGGUAUUUAUACUCUACAUUAUUAAACAUAUGUAAAGUCAUCAGCUAUUCUGUACAUAGUUCAAAUAGACCACUGCCAGCAACACAAAGCACCUAAUGUGCUACUUCUAGAUAUGCAUGAUCUACAUUCUCACGUUUUCCAUUCUGUUGCAUGUUCCUCACACAGGCUGCAACUCCUGAGGCAUUCAGGUGUGAUCGGCAUGCUCAGAAUACCGUAGCUAGAGUUUUCUACAUCUAUACCCACUGCAUAGGGAACAAAGCUACUUGAAACUCGCUGAGGCAUUACCGCAAAAUAAUACAGGCCCUACUUUACUAGAGCUUAGAGGUUACGUUAUUAGCGCUUAUACUUUCUGGAACUUAUCGGCUAACCUCAAAGUUCAGAGAAAAUAUGGCAUGUAUUAUGUGACGCUGCCCUGUAUUGUAAAUUUUACGCCACUGCUUUAAAGUUGGAACCUAUUUUUCCCCGUGAGAUCUGUGUGUAUAUUUAGCGUGCCUACUGUCCACCACAACUGGAAGAUCAAGACCUCUCCUUUUGAGAGCAAUAAUGACGGGCAAGCAACACUAGGGAGCGUUUCUAAAACAUUAAUUGGCUUCGUCAUUCACAUGUCAUGUAGGACAAAUGAGUUAAAAUCGACAACAUCCAAUUAAGUGAGAACUUCAGUUAAAUUGGUGGUUUUCAGUACAUUGCAACACUUAAAGGAAAAGGACGCGACGGUAAUAGCUAGAGGCCAGGGCACUCCGAUACCCUUAAAUCAAUUUUCUUUUCUGCCGUUGAGAGCAGGAAGGUACCUGGUCCUGCUGGGGACGGUGCACGCUUUAGGUCUUCCAUUGUUUUCUGAAAAACUAGCGAUAAAAACAGUUUGGCCUUAGCUUUACUCACUUGCUCUAGCCUUCAUAAACAGUAGGGUUAACCGACUGAUGCGUAACCAUCAUUUUAACUUAAUGUGCAUGCUGGAGUGGAUUUGCUUCCUGUUCUAGAACAGCAUCAACCCCAAUAACGGCUCGCGUAUCUCAGAGACGACAGCAGUGGAUUCUGGGUCUCUGUUAAACAAACAUUCAGCACAACAUCUGUAGAACCCACUAAGACCUAUUUUUCUAAACUCUAUCCAUUUCAUUGGUUGUUUGUGUUUUAUGAUUUCUGAGCCUGCUGUGAGAAUGCAAUACAUCACCUCUAAAUGUAGCAAGGCAGAAAGAUGUUUAUCCUAUACAGCAGUGAGAAGAAGAUGUUUUGCAUCUUGUUUCUAUUUUUGGAUGUUUAAUUUUGUAUCAAACUAAUUUUAUUUUCAAACAUAUAAAAAGAGUAAAUACAAAAUGCAGUCCUCAAUUUCAUUUGUCAAAGUUAAAAACCGUCAUUUUCCUCAAAUGGUUGGUUUGGUCCUUUCAUUCUUGUAACAAAUGAAAACUGCCUUUUGUAUUAACUCAUGUUAUAUUUUCCAUUAAAAUUAGUUUGAUCUAAAAGUAACAAACAUGCAAAAAUAAAAAGCUGCAAGGAGACCAACCUUUUCCCAGCACUGUAGAGUUUUUCCGUUUCUCCAUCCACUUAUUCUGCAUGCAGAAUCAGGCGAGUUCUUACCGACCCCUCAACUCAUACCGGCAAAAUAUCUAAAAUUAUAAACAGACAAACUAAAUACAUCAAACAGACCUAAAGAGAAAUUGUUCAAGUAUUUCCAGCCUCCUACCUUUGAUCAUCUGUCUUGAGACGCAGAAUAAAAGUUUCCGGCUUUUGAUGGGAUUUGCAAACUUUUGCACAGAGAUAAGCAACCUUGCUGUACUGGAUCUAAAUGUCACUUUUUAAAUCUAGUGCUGUUCACAAUUGUUUUUAUGCAUUUUUUUAAACGUUUGCCACUGUAUUUUAUACAAUGCGACACUUAACAGCUACUCUGAAUGUUUCUGUUCUUAACUAUAUUUAAAGAAAUGAAGUAUAUUAUGUAAAUAGACUGAGAAAUGAUGCACAAUUGUAUAAAUGAAUAAAG